CAGUAUAAUAUCGACAACAAAAGCAACAACAACAAAAAUAAUAAUUAUAAUGUCGCUACUACUACUGCUGCUGCUGCUACUGCUGCUACGUCGGAUGUUUAUUGGAUGGGUACAGCGAACAGCAACAAGAAUACCUUAUACCCGAACGCAAUGAUACAACCCCGUCUGUUCGCUCGUCUGGUUUUCGUGUUGAUAUUGAUUGGCAUAAUACUCUUAUACUGUUAUGGAUCUUCACAACAGCAAAGACAAGCCAUUGUUCCAACAGCAAACAAGUCAUUGAAUUUGACGGCAGUCAUUGGCAUGUCAACAAGUCAAACGGAUACACAAUUUCUAUCGUUUACUGUCAAACUUGGUGAUGAUGUUGAUAACGCGGAACAACAACAACAACAACAACAACGAGAACCAGCCGAAGAAGAAGAGAACAGCAGUCGCUACUAUUAUCAAUGUGUGAUGCCAUUACCACCUAGUACCUCUCUGUCUCGUUAUCAGCAUCAUCAAGUAACGCCCUUGGCAAAACUGGAUAUUCAAUUUCCAUACCCGGUCAACUUUACCCAUUUUGAUUUCAAAUGCCCGUUGAUGAACCUUUCUGGAUGGCAGGACUCUUUGGAAGAAAGUGAAGAAGAAAAACUCGAUAGCAAAUCUCCUCUUCCUGCUUCUGCUUCCAACAACAACAACAAAGCAAGUAGUAGUAGCAGCAGCAAUCGAGAACGUAACAACAACUCAAGCCCACCGCCAUUGUCACCAAAGGUCCGAGGUUAUUGGGAACGAUUAUACCACACUACUAAUUAUUUAUUUGAUCACCAGUCAAAGAUAUUGAAAUUAAUGUUCAAAGGCAAAUAAAAAGAACAAAAAAGAAUCCAAAGUUAGUUUCUUUAGAUAGGUAUAUAGCUUUUUCCUUGUAUUUACAUUAAGGAAGGAAACAAUCCUUCUUGUAAAAUAUCAAAACUAUCAUAAUAGUAGCAGUAGUUAUUGUACUUUAGUUUAUUCUUUCUUAUUGUAACAAAUUAAAAUAAACGACGUAUGAUACAUAUAUA